AUGUCGGCUGCUGCCGCGAGCACGGGGACAUUAAACUGUAAGAAUUUGUAUUCGUAUUUGCGUAGCUUGUCCCCGCUCGUGCUCGAUAAGCUGUACAGUCAUCCAGCAACAUGUCUGGCAGUCUUCAGAGAGUUACCCGAGCUGGCGAGGCUGUAUGUGAUGAGAAUCCUGUUUGUGGAGCAGCCAGUCCCUCAGGCAGUUGUCUCCCUUUGGGUCGAUAAUCAUUAUCAAGAGGAGCACCGUAUGGCCAGCAAGCAGCUGUCUGAUUUACAUGUGUGGCAGGAGCAGCCUAUUCCAGGGGGCAUGCCAGGCUGGAUCCUGAAAAAUACAUACAGGAAGAACCUCAAGGUGGCCCUGUUAGGAGGGGGCUCUCCUUGGCUCGGGGGUGCUGUCCUAACAGCUGAUAAAUACGCCAAAGAUAUCCCAUUUCUGGAUUCUUAUGCAUUAGAAAGAUGGGAGUGUGUGCUGAAAUUCAUGGUGGGGACCAGUGAGGGUUCAGAAGGGGUGAGCCGCGAUGUCGUGGAAAUCCUCCUGCACUCAGGGCUCAUGAAGGGAGAAGCAUCAGAGCCAACCCCAUCCAUCACAUUUGGGCUUCAGUUUCUCCUGAUGGAGACAAGUCAGCAGGUCUGGUUCUUCAUGUUACAGUACUUGGACAAUGUUGAGACGAGAGGAAUGGAUCUAGUGGAAUGUCUUUCAUUUUUAUUUCAACUCAGCUUUUCUACCUUAGGAAAGGAUUACUCCACAGAGGGCAUGAAUGAGUCACAAAUGAAGUUUUUACAACAUCUCCGUGAGUUUGGACUCGUCUACCAAAGAAAGCGUAAAUCUCAGAGAUACUAUCCCACCAGGCUCGCAAUCAACCUGGCCUCUGGCCUUAACAAAUCCAACACAGAUGUCCACCGUACAGGAUUCAUCGUUGUUGAAACAAACUACAGGGUUUACGCCUACACAGAUUCUCCUCUACAAGUUGCCUUAAUUGCUCUCUUCUGUGAAAUGUUGUACAGAUUCCCAAACUUGAGCAUAGGUAACUUGUCACGUGACAGUGUGAGACAGGCACUGACAAGGGGGAUAACUGCUGAGCAGAUUGUCAAUUUCCUGAGGAGCCAUGCUCACCCGAAUAUGAUGAAAAAUAAACCUGUGUUGCCGCCCACCAUCACAGAUCAGAUACGACUGUGGGAGCUGGAGCGCGACAGACUGAAGUUCUCAGAGGGUGUCCUCUACAACCAGUUCCUCUCACAGAGUGAUUUUGACCUUCUCAAGGACUAUGCUGAGGAUAUGGGUGUGUUAACAUGGUCAAAUCCCACCAAACGAAUGAUGGUUGUCACAAGGGCAGGUCAUGAUGAUGUCAAGAAGUUCUGGAAGCGACAACGUCAGAACAACAGCUGACAGGGAUCUGUGAGGGAAACCUGAUGAAUUGUAUAAACUGUUGCACCAAGCCGUGGAUGGUCUGAUCAUCACCAAGAGAACUGAGUUCUCUCCAGUGGCCUUCACCCCCUGACAAGGAAGUGACCUUGGCUCUGUGAAUGCUGUCAAGGGUUAGAUUCGACUCCAGUCAGUACAACCUAUCAGCUGAUGAAGGAAUGUCAUAAA